AUGGAAUCUGUUUUGGAUUUCAACAAUUUUCAUUCCGCCGCCACCGUCGAAGACCGAGCCAAAUCUGCCUUGCUCCGACCGAACCCCCGACUCGAACGUGCCCUGACCAACUCCGCCGCCAAGGGAAUUCCAGCCAUCAGCGUCCUACCCCUCGCGGGACAACACUUGUCCAUCGUCGCACGACUGAUGGGGGCACAGUCGGUCCUCGAGAUAGGCACGUUGGGAGGUUACUCCGCGAUAUGUUUCGCCGGGGCGGGGGCGGACGUGCGCGUGACGAGCGUAGAGGCCGACCCGAAACACCGAGACGUGGCGCUGGAGAACGUCGAGGGUCUGGGCAACGUCGAAGUCGUCUUGGGCGACGCCGAAGAGGUCAUGGCUCGGUUCGUGCGGGAGGGCAGAAGGUUCGACCUCGUCUUCAUCGACGCCGACCUGGAUCGACAGUGGGAAGAAUUCGACCUGGCCGUGAAGCUGACGAGACGGGGAGGGUGUGUCUGGCUCGACGACGUGGUGGCUUCCAUGUUCAAGAAUGGACAGGUCGGUAGGGAAGAACAAGAUCCGACGACCGAAUCUGUCCUGACCAAGGUCGGAAAGGACGACAGAGUCAAGGCGACUCUCGUGCCGACCGUGGUCUGCCACCCGGCCAUGUCUGCCAACCCGGUGUUCAAUGGAUUCAUUUUGGCCACCGUGUUGUGA